CGCAUUAACGCCGUUUUGCGCUAAGAUCCUAAACAAAAUUUUCAUUAAAUUUUUUCGUAAGCGAUCUUAAUGACUACUCCGUUCUCCCAGUCUAUUUUUGCUCAGUCUCUUUUCGAAGAGAAUCCAGCAAAGAAUGCAGAAACCAUUGAGUCAUCGACUCAAACUUCACCAUUGUUUUCGAAUAGACAGAAAGAUGUAUCUGGGGAUUUACGACGCUCUAAAACCACUUCAGAUAUUCAUCCAGUCGCGUCCUCAUUAGAAGAUGUAAACCCAAACGCGUCUGCUUCGUCAAAAUUGCUUCCUAUUCAAGAAAUACCAAAACAACAAGAGCAUUCAACGCCUCCCCCUUGUGGCUACUGGAAACACCCUGUGGUUGAUACCGUUUCCAAACGUCUUCAUGAUCAGCUCCCUACCGAUCGCACUUGGAGCCGCAUGAUUUCUAAUCUUUUUGCUCUCGUUUGCUUCCAGUUUUUAAAGUGUUUUCUUCCCAAAACGAAUUCAAUUAGGUUUGCUUCUUGGGCACUUCAGUUUUUGCUGGUUCUUAACAUCCUGGAGGCUUUUUGGCAAUUUAUUCGUCCUCGCCCUACUUUUGAUGAUUUGAAACUAUCUCCCACUCAAAGGAAGCUUUUGGGCUUACCGCCUGCUGCUGAUUCGACCCCCAGUCUCAUGGCAAACCCUAGCUUUCAGCGACCUAGUAAAACGUCGGUUUCAAAAACUUUUCCUUCACAACGUAGUACUACUUGGGCUUAGGAUUUCUUUCUAUACCUAUAACUUCCUUCUAUUUAAUCAAAAUUUAAUAUGUUGAAUGUGCGAAAAGGGUUCGCCUUCUAUUUUCUACUUUGCGUCGUUCUUUUUAUGUUACUCGCGAUCUGUCAAUCGCAUGCCGAUUCCAAUUUAUGUCUAAAUGUUCGUAAUUUAGGGUCUUGUAAUAAUUUUCUCAAUUUAUCAUUUAUUAUUGUUUCUUCUGAUUAUAAGCUUUUAAUAACACUCUUUUACUUGAACUUGUUUUCUCCUAGGUCAUCUUCCUACUAUGCUAAUAAUUGAUUUUACAGAUUUUCACGUUUAUUAUUCUCACGGUUAUAAGAAUAAAUAUCGAGUGGAAGCAAUAACUACAGUCGUAAGAUUGUAUACGGUUAUGGGACUCGGUUGUACUAUGCAUAUAGAUGAUAGUAAUGUUCAGGGAUCUGGUUAACUAUUUUGAAAGUAGGAAGACGAUCUUAUUAGCCGCGCCAGUCAAUAUUUAUUGUCAUAAACCGUAAGAGUAACAAACGUGACAAAUUAUCUUCCAAUUUAAUUGUAAGUUCCUCUCGCUUCGAUACUGCUGUCACUGCUUUCGCUACUCCAUUCCUCAUCAUCAUCUGGUAGAUGAAUUCUGGGCAACUUGGGAUCAUAAACUGCAUAGGCUAGAUCAGGUAGCAAAUGCCCGAAGAAGGAGGCCUGAAAUUGUUUAGCCGCAGCCAUGUCUUGGUGUACCUGUGAAAUAUCCACUGGUCCCUCAUUAGUAGGGUCUAUCAAGCCUGAGAAAGUGUCAUUGACUACAAACUUAUAUCCCCAGUAACGUCACUUUCAUAAUUGCUUAUUCCCAUGUGCUGUAAUAGCGCCUGGUGCGUCAAAGUGCCUUGAGGAGUGUUAUUAGGAAUGAUUACGUUGUCUAACAGUUUGUAUUCGUUGCCUGGACGUGUCAUAACCGAAGUAUCAGUGUGGCAGUGGAUAGGAUAGUUCUGACAGAAAACACGGUGAAAAAAUUGGAUAGCUAUAUACGUUACAGCAAAUGCUUGCGCAUAAAUAACUCUGAUAUCAUUUACUAAUUGAUUAAGGAUCUAUACUAAAUACAAAUCAGGUUUCUUUAUAACACCAUCCGUAUCGACCUUCACAUCCCAGCUACUAACACCGGAAAUGCCGUGCUUACGAAUCUUAAUCUUUUGCUGAUUGACACCGAUUAAAAUGAUACGUUCCACCUUAAGAUGCUUCAUAGACUCUGCAUAUCGUAUGCCUGAUUGAGGAUGUGGAUGAGUGUCUAAUACAUCCAGUACACCAUCCUUGAAAGUAAUUUUCCGCGAGAUAUAAGCACCCUUUGUAUAAUCAAAUGAAGUUCCAUCAUCCAUAUACAGGUCACCAGUGGCUGAUCCCGUUUUGCUAGACACUGCAAUGUACAAAGUAAAAGGAUCGUUUAUAGUCAGUUCGGAAGCGCGUCGUAUACGUUCACGGGUGACCAAAAUAUUACCUCCUCGUAAUAAAAUAGGAAUUUUUCCAAGGGGAGCAGGAACAACGUGGUGACCUUUUCCGUUUAUUUCAUUAAAAUCAUAGAAAUCAUAAUAUGUUUCAUCAUCCGCAAUAUAAACGGCAGUUUUAUCAAUAGAAGGUUCCAGUAUCGGCUUUAUGAGUAAUCCUGAAUCAC